ACUUUUUCCUGUUUUGAAACCGCGUUGCUUUCUUAUUUUUCGUUACCUGACAGAAACGCAAGCGCGCGUCGACGGACCCCAGGAUUUUACCUCACGUGGAGACGUCCGGAUGGAGUCAAGAGCGGCGAAAGAGCCGCGAGUUUAGGAUGUCUUCAGGCGCAUCCCGCGCGACGACACCAGGAUGCUUUACAAGCACAGCAAGCACCUGAGUGGACGAUACAAGAAGUCCGCACAACACUUUGUCUGGCUCUUCUGUCUUUGGGUUCACCUCUGGCCUCAAGUGGAUGGCUUAUUUAUGUCUGAUGCUAAGGCUGUCCUGCAAGGGUGUGAUGACCACUGGACCUUACAGGAGAAAGAGCGUAUGUCUGUGCUCUAUCAAACCACAGUGUGCGUGGACAUAAGGGUUCUUUCCCCAGGCGAGUGGACAGCAUUUAGCUAUGUCUCGGCCCCUGCACCCCGCUAUGAACUCGCCCUGCAGGGGGACUCAAACAACCUGUACGCCUGGAUGUUGGGUGUCCGCCACCAGUUCCCAGUUCAGCUGACCGCUCAUCGCUGGUACCACAUAUGUCUACGGUGGGACGCCCCUCGCAAAAGCUUCAGUCUGACGAUAGGUAACAACUCAGAAGUAUACCAGAGGACCGCCAUUGCCCGAGCAAUCCCUCCUUCUGGACGUCUUCUACUGGGUUGCCAACCAAAUGAAGCCUCUCCUGGGGCGAAACUGGCCACCGUGGAGCUCUACCUGUUCCGCAUAUGGGAUGAUGUUGGAGAGCACAGUGCCUGCGAGAACGGGACGGUGAUUGGCUGGGACUCACAACUUUGGGCCGUCACACGAGCCCAGGCUAGAGUCCAAGAUUACACAUUGCAAUGUGGUCUAGGGCAUCUGCGUAUGAAACGCGAUGUAAAAGAAACUUCAGAAGCCCCAUCGACAUCCCAAGAUUCAGCCAGCACCCGAGAGUUUGCCUCGACUUCUAGUCCACUCCAAUUGAUGUUGACUUCAAUAAUUACUGGUUUACAGAAAUCCACCACCCAAGGACAGAACCUUCAGUCUUCGAAUCAGGUCUUAAAUACAGUCUCUGCUUCAACCACACAAGCCAGAACCACAUCGAAUCCUGCAGGACUCACUACAACAACUUCUAAACCUUUAGUGACUCUCAGCGCAUCAACACAAAAUCCCACCACAUCAAACACUAUUACACUCGCUAUUCAGGCUGGUUCAUCUGUCAAUAACACAACUACUGUGUCAAAUACUAGGGAAUUCAACACGUCAGCUGCAACUCCAGCCUCACCUAUGUCUUACAUAACCACACAAACUACACAGAGCACGUCGACAUCUGCCCAGACACUUUCAAGCAUUCACACUAGCCGUCCGGUCAGUACUUCCCAAACAACAGUCAAUCAAACGACAGUAAACUCUUCCGCUGCACCAACUGCGACUCAAGUAACCAAUCAGACAGCAGUUCUACGAACAACGACGUCCAAUGUAUUAUUCACAGAGCCAUUCGCAGUACAGUGUAACUUUUCCCAGUCCUGCUCUAAUGAAUCAUCAUACUACUGGAUGGUUGUGGAAGUGAAAGGCUCUAAUAUGACGGAGGGAGACGUUCAAAUUUGGUUUUCAGAUCUUUUUCAUAAAAGCACCUGCUCUGCUGGAGUUUUAACAACAGAAAUCAAUACUACAACUUGUCAGACUGACAUAGUCUUUGUGACUGCUGAGGUUAGAUGUGAAGCCAAGCAGAACAUCCAGAAGACGAACUGCACUGUGCUGCUACAGCUGAGCCAACCUGUGAAUACGUGCAUCCUCAGGAGGCUGGUGCAAAACGGGACCAUAAACCCAUCGAUGCAGAUCCAGCUUCUAGGAGAUAUAGAAACAGUGGGCAAAGGACUAUGCCCAGAGCUCAAUAUUACACCCCCUGGAGGCGGUUUUGUGCACUGCACAUCUUUAAUGUCUUAUGAUGACGUCUGCAAGACAGAGGGACCUGUCAAUGUCACAUGUUCUUAUGAAGAGAAUGGUUUCAUUCCUAAAGACUUGGUUGCAAAUCAGUCCUGCAACGUUGAGAACCAACAAUAUUGUGAGUGUUACGUGUCUACCAACAACGAGACAUAUUAUGCAGUACGUCUAAAUAUUACAAGUCCAGAUGUGAAUUUUACCUACGUUCAAAACAUGGUUGUACAGUUGAGCAAUCCUUGCAACGAAGAUGGAACGCAAGGGUCUCUGUGCAAUUCUUUUGUUACUGAAGUAUACCAGUUGUACCAGGGAAUGCACUUGGAAUGUUUUGGUGAAGGAACGAGACUCUACACAUGUAUGUUAACUCUGCAGCUGUCAAAACAGCUGGAUGUGUGUACUGUUAGUACUGCUAUUGGCAUUCUUUGGAAGGACAGUACCAACAUUAGUUUUGAUGGACCCCUCAGUCGAAUUGCCAUAUGUCGUUUGCCCACUGAUUCAGAAACCAUUCCUUUAAACUCAACAUUCACUUGGAUGUCUGUAAAUGUCAGUUCCAGCCACAUUGAUGACAUCAAAGAAAAUCUGAAAUGUGCACAGGGUCAGACGUUCGCUAUUAUUUUAAAUGAGAGCUGUGAAGUCUCACCUCCUGAGUCCUACACAACUCAAGGUGUCCCUUCUAGAACAAGUUCUGAGAGCAGUGCUACAUUCCGAAAAAUCACUUCUCCAUCAGUACCUACAGAUUGGUCACUGACCAACCAAACCAACACUUCAGUCACACCAUCAGUCACAAACACUUCUAGUACACCACUCAAAACAGCAAGUUUAAUAUUCAACACAUCCAUCAACAGUACAGGCAAUCAAACAAACACCUUGUCAAAUUAUACAGCAAGUCUGCCACUCAAUUCAACACUUGUUACAGAACCACAAGCAAGUACACCACGCUAUAUAACAACCUCGCUGGUCAGUACAACACAUAAAACAUGGAGUGUAACACCUCAACUGAGCAAUACAGCAGUUACAACACACUAUACAACAACCUCACCUAUCAGUACAACAGGUACAUCAAACAAUAUACCAGCAUCAUUGUUUAGUACAACAAAUAUGACACACAAUAUAACAACCCAACCAAUCGGUACAAUGGGUGCAACACACAAUAUAACAACUUCACCUGUUAAUACAACAGUUACAUCAGUCAAUAUACCAGCAUCAUCGGUCAGCACAACAAAUACGACAGACAAUAUAACAACCCAACCAAUCAGCACAAUGGGUGCAACACACAAUAUUACAACUUCACCUGUUAAUACAACAAGUACAUCAAACAAUAUACCAGCGUCAUUGUUCAGUACAACAAAUAUGACAGACAAUAUAACAACCCAACCAAUCGGUACAAUGAGUGCAACACACAAUAUAACAACUUCACCUGUUAAUACAACAGAAACAUCAAACAAUAUACCAGCAUCAUCGGUCAGUACAAUAAAUAUUACACACAAUAUAACAACCCAACCAAUCAGCACAAUGGGUGCAACACACAAUAUAACAACUUCACCUGUUAAUACAACAGAAACAUCAAACAAUAUACCAGCAUCAUCAGUCAGUACAAUAAAUAUGACACACAAUAUAACAACCCAACCAGUCAGCACAACAGCUACACCAUAUAGUAAAAUAACCUCAUCAGUCAGUACAACAAAUGCGACAAACUAUAUAACAACCCCAACAUUCCACGCAAGUCCAACAUAUAAUGUCACAACUCCAACAGCCAGGUCAACAAAUACGCAACAAAAUAUAACCCUAGAAGUUGGUGCAACAAGUACACCAUACAAUAAAACAACCUCACAAGUCAAAACAACACUCAAUAAAACAACCUCAGUUGUCAGUACAACACUCAGUGAAACAACCUCACUAGUCAGUACAAAAGAUACAACACACAAUAUAACACCCGUCAGCACAACAGCUGCUUCAAACAUUAUAACAUCCUCACCUGUCAGUACGAGAGCUACAACACUCAAUAUUACAACUUCACCUGUCCCUACAACAGGUAUGCCACACAAUUUAGCAACCAUACCAAUUAGUACAACAAGUACAUCAAACAAUAUAACAUCACAGGUCAGUACAGCAAAUAUGACAUCCAAUAUAAUAACCCCACCAGUCAGCACAACAGGUACACCAUAUAAAACAACAACCACAAAGGUCAGUACAACAAAUACAAUACACAAUAUAACAACCUCACCUGUCAGCACAACAGGUACAAUAAACAAUAUAACAUCACCAGUCAGUACAGCAACCUCAACAGUCAACAAUACAGAUACAACACUCAAUUUAACAACCUCACUGAUACAUACAACAGAUACAACACUUAAUGAAGCAAGCCCACUGGUCAGUAAAGCAGGUACACUACACGAUACAACAACCACAGUUGUCAGUGUAACAGAUGCAACACACAAUGUAACAGCCUCACAAGUAAAUACAACAGAAGCCACAUUAGACAUUACUCCAACAGUCAGUACAAGUGAUACACCAUUUAAUAUAACAACCUCACCAGUCAGCACAACACAUGCAACACUCAGCGAAGUAAGCCCACUGGACAGUAAAGCAGGUACACCACAAAAUACAACAACCACAGUGGUCAGCAUAACAGAUGCAACACACAAUGUAACAGCCUCACCAGUCAAUACAACAGAAGCCACAUUAGACAUUACUCCAACAGUCAGUACAAGAGAUACACCGUUCAAUAUAACAACCUCACCAGUCAGCACAAAAGAUACAACACUUAGCCAAGCAAGUCCACUGGACAGUAAAGUAGGUACACCACACAAUACAACAACCACAGUGGUCAACAUUACAGAUGCAGCACACAAUGUAACAGCCUCACCAGUCAAUACAACAGAAGCCACAUUAGACAUUACUCCACCAGUCAGUACAAGUGAUACACCAUUUAAUAUAUCAACCUCACCAGUCAGCACAACACAUGCAACACUCAGCGAAGCAAGCCCACUGGUCAGUAAAGCAGGUACACCACAAAAUACAACAACCAGAGUGGUCAGCACAACAGAUACAACACUCAAUGGCACAACAAAAACGACACCUAAAAUAACAACUGCACCACUUAACACAACAGGCGCACCCAGUAUAAUAACUUCAUUGGUCAAUACAACAGAUAUAGAACUCAAUGUAACAACCCCAGCAGUCAAUAUAACAGCUACAGUACAAAAUUUGACACAUUUACCAGUCAGUACAACAGCCACACCACUCAACCUAACUGUCACAAGAAUAAUUUCAACAACCCCUAUAGUCAGUACAACAGCCAAAUCAAUUGACACAUCUGCUACAACAGUCACAACACAUAAUAAAACUACAAUAACUCUCAAUACACCACUUAAUACAACAGGUAAGCCACUCUUUACAACAUCCAUACCACCUUCUAAAGUGGUAACAGAAACACUACCCAAUACAACAGCACAGAUACAUGAAACUUUUACUACAACAGUUAGACCAUUAAAUGCAACAGCCACACCUCACUUUACUACUGCCGUGCCACUCAUCUCAACUACACUACAUCAUACAACAGUCACGCCAUUCAAUACAACAGUGACAGAUCUAAACUCAACUUUUACAUCUGAAACUGUGAAAAAUGUGACACAGUCUAACACAAGUAGUUCACAAAUCUCUGGUGCCGAGACCACCAACGUUACGACCUUUCUGCCAAAUACAACACUGCUUAACCUGACAGCACCAUUACAUCUAAAUGCAACAACACCCCAAUUAAACAUUACCCAACACACCAACACAUUCACAGCACAUUUGAACACUACUGGGCAAGACAACGCAACAAUUUUUAACACUACAUUUCUCACUCACAAUGUAACAACUCUCACAGACAACAGGACAGAUGUGACAGAGGUUAAUGGAACCCUUAAAAGUACUACAAACCACAAAAACACAACAUAUUUAAAUGUGAGCUCUUCUGUCUUAAAUACCACAACACAAUACCCACAUGAUACACAAUAUAACACAACCACUCCAUUUGAAAAUGCAACAGACUCAAAUAAUACAAGCUUAGCCCACACUACUGAAUCACCAAGUAAUGUAAAUGAAUCAAACACAACUCAGCCUCUUAACAGUACAUCUGAAUUCAAUACAACAACCAUUCUUUAUUACACAACACAACCUCUGAAUGAUUCUACAGUGGGGGAGACCACAUAUGCUGCAACUGAUACUACUAUAGAUACACCAGAAUUCAAUACUACAAUGUAUUCAUUUAACUUCACAGCUAUUAAUACGACCGAUGUUGCUUAUUCCAACACAACAGACUUCCUGUUCAAUACAACGCAGUCAAAUACAACGGCCAUUACAAUCAACAUAACCUGGUUUAACACAACAGAUGUGCCACUGAAUGAAACCAAUUUCAAUGAGACUGAUGGCAGACAUAGCAUCAACUCAACAGAGACCCUAAUAGCACAUUGGAAUUUAGUACAACUGUAAGCUACAGUUAAUACAACAGAGUUUGAUAUCACAAAUACAACACUGAUACAUACUACAACCUUUCCACCAACUGAAAAUAUUACCAGUGGGCUAACUGACUCCACUUUAGAGCCUGUAACAACAGAUAGUUACCUUAACACAACACAGUCAAAUGACACACAAGAAAAUGUCUUUACUGAAAAUAUAAUCCCUAACACAACUACAACAACCAAUCCAAUUAACAUAACAAAUAACAUACCAACAAAUACUACCGUUUUUAGUAUUGUCACAAAUAGCAGUACAGCUCCCACAAAUGCUCCAUCAGCGAUACAUCCAAGCUCUCCUCAGAACAGCUCUGCUUCCGCAACAGAUGCUCCAAUUAUUGCUCAAACUCCAAUGACUAGCACAGUCAACACAACAACAGUCACUACGAGGCCUGCCGUUCCAGCUGUGCCAAUAAUACCAGCCACUACAAUUGCAACUACUACAGAAGCAACAACUAAAAGCCCAGAUGCAGUGGCUAACGAGCUUUUGAACCAAACACAGAAUUUGGCAUCUUUAAACUCAACUGAAGUCAAUAAGCUGAUCAACCUGUUAGAAAGUCUCAUCUCUGCACCCAAUAUUAGUCUGGAUCUAGGUCGGACUGUGUUGUCUGUCAUCAACAACUUUCUAAACAGCUCUUCAGAUACUGUGGCUGCCUCCUCAAAUCGGUUAAUAAAAGCUGUGGAUAAUGUGGGUAUGAAACUUGUGAUUCAGGACCAGACUGAAAACAUCGUAUUUAAUUCACUCGCUUUGACUGUGACCAAAGUUGAUGGGACCAACUUUGGGAAAACAUCAUUUACAAUUGCAGAUCCCUUAAACCCACAGGUCACCAAAGGGCUUCAAAGACAAGUCAGGGCAGUGGAUAGUUCCUCCCCCCUGGCCAAAAUAACACUACCUGCGUCUCUGACAGAAAACCUUUCUCCAGAAGAAAAGAAGAUGGCCUCUAGAGUCCAGUUCACCUUCUUUCAGAAAAGCACAUUUUUUCAGGACAAAACCCUGAGUCCAGAUAAGCUGAACAGCCACAUUCUGGGCUCUAGUGUGGCUAACCUGUCAAUCAAAAACCUGAGGGAGAAUGUUACAUUUACUCUGAAGAAUAAACAGCCCAUUGCGGGGAACUAUGUGGCUUCCUGUGUUUUCUGGGACUUUGACCAAAACGGAGGUUUAGGUGGCUGGAAUCGCAACGGCUGCUCUGUCAAUAAUAGCAGCAAUGAGAACGAAACUGUCUGCAACUGCAAUCACCUGACAAGCUUUGCUGUACUACUGGACAUAAGCCGACAAGGCAUAGUUGAAAAGAUGCAGGCAAUUAUCCUUACCUUCAUCACUUAUAUCGGAUGUGGGGUAUCCGCCAUCUUCCUCUCGGUUACUCUGAUCACAUACAUCGCGUUUGACAAACUCCGUCGUGACAUCCCUUCAAAGAUCUUGAUCCAUUUGUGUUUCGGCCUGCUUUUGCUGAACCUGGUGUUCUUGUUGGAUGCUUGGCUUGCGCUCUACAAAGAUGCUGUAGGCCUGUGCAUUUCCACAGCCUUCUUCCUGCACUAUUUCCUGUUGGUCUCCUUCACGUGGAUGGGACUGGAGGCUCUGCAUAUGUACCUGGCCAUUGUCAAAGUCUUCAACAACUUCAUGUCCAGAUACAUGCUAAAAUUUUCCCUGGCAGGCUGGGGAAUCCCUUUGGUUGUCGUCAUUAUUGUGAUUGCGAUAAACAAGGAUAACUAUGGCCUCAUAAGCUAUGGGAACUUUUCUGACGGAACUACAGAUGAAUUUUGUUGGCUGAAAAAUAACGUAGCGUUCUAUGUGGCUGUUGUGGCGUACUUCUGCCUUAUAUUUGUGUUGAACCUGGCCAUGUUUGUGGUGGUGAUGAUCCAUCUGAGACGAAUCAAGCGCAGAAACCCUCACAAUAAUCAGUAUCGCAGUGGCUUGCAUGAUCUUCGUAGCAUCGCAGGACUUACUUUCCUGCUCGGGCUUACAUGGGGCUUUGCCUUCUUCGCCUGGGGACCCGUCAAUUUAGCCUUUAUGUACCUGUUUGCCAUCUUUAAUUCCCUACAGGGCUUUUUUAUUUUUGUUUUCCACUGUGCUCUGAAGGAAAAUGUUCGUAAACAGUGGAGAAUGUACCUCUGUUGUGGCAGUUUACGAUUGGCUGAAAAUUCAGAGUGGAGUCGGACAGCCACACAGAGCAACCACACUAAAAAGACUUCGAUCAUGACGGCAGAUUCAGGGUCCCACAGUGCACCGCGAAGCUCAGUGAGCAGCGAUGACUCCCAAGAGCCUUCCCAAGGCAUCGGCUCACCGGUGGAUGACAGUGUGAUCAUGUCAGGGGAAGCGAAUGAUGACGUGAUCUUCAAUGAGAUGAACAGUCAAAUCCGUUCACGACUCAGAUCUGAAUAAUUUUUAGAAGAGAAUUAUAAAAGCAGACACUAAAAUAGGUGAAGAAACAGAUGAUUCAAUAUUCUGUUUCUGUCAGGCCUGAAAAAAAUGUAUUACCAAGAUGAGAAUCUAAUGACUCAGCUCAAAAUGUCUUUUGUCAUCAGUUUGUCGUAAUGAAUAUUACAUGCAGUAAAGCUUUCAGGAUUUUGGUUUAUAGCCAGACAUUUUGUUAUUUGUUAUUGAACUGGACGGCUCACAGCUAAGUAAUAAAUAGCAAGAGCAUGUACGUAUGGGAGUCAAUGAGUAAAAAUGUCUCUAUGUAUAUCACUAGAGGAUUGAGGUAUAUUACUUUUGGGGUUUUAAACUCCUAUAUAUUUUCAGCAAACAGUAUUAAACAGCUCUUCUGCAAAAAAAGUAAACAAAGCUCAGAUGAUGCAAGGGCAGAUGAUGCAUUUUUAUAACUGAUGAAGGACUACAUUUAAAACGAAGGGGAAAAAUUGGUCUUAAAAACCAUAUAUAUCUGCCAGACGUGUUGUAGGAAGACUGAGAUAUGCUUCCCAUAUAGUUUUUUAUUAGUUUUUCCACAUUUUAUAGUAACUCUCAGUUUUGUAGUUUUCACAUAAGGAGAAAAUAUGCAAUUAAUGUGCUAUGUAUCAAAAAAUGUGUUACAUGUAAUCAGAUUUGCUUUCUGUGUACUGUGUAAAACAGUAUUUGUCUGAAAUUGUUUUCGAGUAGUAUAAGGGUUUUGUUUAUCCAAAAAGAAAAAAAAAAAAAAAAAAAAAAAUCAUAAAAAGUAUGAUUUUUCAUGUUUUGAUAUGUAUUUUUGAACAAGUAUGUAGUGUUAUGAAUUUAUAAUAAUUUCAUAUUUGUACAUUAUAGGCAGAGUUAGGAAUCUGAGAUUCUAACAUAAUA